UGAGUGCACGCAGCGCUUCAGUUGGCGAGUAGACGUUGUUGAGAGGAGAUGGAGCGCUCGUAGCACGAACAAUAAAUUCCCUUCUGUCCUCCACACAAAGACUAUGGUUACUUUACUUUUUGACAAUAGAUAGAACAACAAUUCCUGAAGUGAGUGCUGAUUAAGCUGCAUGAAACCAAAGAAUAACGGCAUCUUCCUGUUUAUUUUUUUGUGCAUUGCUAGUCCGUCUUUCAUUUGAAGCCGUCCCCGUGAUUUCCGUGCUCGCCUCCGCCAUUGUGACUCCAGUGAUAACGACCAAGAUUAAAAGAUAAAUCAUCAAGUUUCCAAUAGAAAACCUAAGCCCAUUAUGAAAACUGAAAUAGAAUCUGCAACCACAUUCCUGGUUGAAUUAAUGAAAACUGGGUCUACGUCUUGUGCGAAGCUCAGCGACGAACAGUUCCACAGGUUUCGGAUGAUCGUCGAAGAAUGCUUAACUAAUUACUACGCUGAUCAUUGGUUCCCGGACCAUCCUGUGAAGGGUUCCGGCUAUCGCUGCAUCAGAAUGAACGGAAAAGUCGACCCGAUUUUGGCAAGAGCUGGACACCUCAUGGGUCUCGCUGCUCAGUUGAUACAUUCGAUGUUUCCUGCCGAAUUUACGAUGUGGGUUGACCCACACGAAGUGAGUUACAGGAUCGGAGAAAACGGUUCCAUUUGCAUCCUGUACGAGAACGAGAGCAUGGUAAUGCGUUCACCACCAACUCCACCGAGUACUCCGCCGAACAAGAAGAUUAGAGGCUCCCCAGAACCACCUUUCACUCCCAUGAAGAUGCAGUCUAUCUUCCCUCAGCAGCAAGUGACUCCUCCUCAAGCUCUCUCCUAUCACCACUUCUCCACUCCGUCCAACAACAGACGUGCUUCUCCACCUCACCAUCAAUACCAGCAGUUUCUUCACGCGCACCAGCUCGCUCUUCUCAAGGAGGCUAACAAUAAUUCUUCGAAUAAUUGUAAAGACGCACUGAGGCCGAAUCAUGUCCUGCCUCUCGAGAGGCUUUUCGUGUCCAGUUGAAACGCCUCACGGUCAGCCUCCACCAGCCGCCGAUCUCACCUGGAGCCUGCUGUGUACAGUACAAUCUCUGCCGCAAUUCUAUGUGUAAAUACUAUACUUUAUUAUAUUAUAGAAAUGUAUAAGGAUAGCGCGGCAGUGGUGUGUAAUUCUGUGAUGUUUUUGGCUGGGUGAGAGCAUGAAGCCUUCUUGCUACGGCCCCGUCAACGCUGGUGCAAUCCGUGCUCAGCCAACUGAGCAAUCUUGCAGGGAUUGUUUCAUCCGACAAUCAAGAAUAAAAUCUCUGCAUGCGCUCAGUUCUGCGCUAGGAUUGUGCCAAGCUAGGGGGGAGGGGCGGUGCCCCACUCUAGAAUCCUUCAUAUGGUACAAAGUCUGCAUCAUUUAUCUAAGUGUAUGUUGAAGAAGUGUAGUGCUGCCACGGUGUCGUGGUGUCGUGUCGUGUCGUGGAGGAACAUCCAGUCUGGAAAUUGUGAAAAAAUAUAAGAUUUAGCUAUUACCACCGACAGCUCAUUAAAU